UGCCACUGUGGAUGAAGUCGUAAUGUGUAGGCUAUAGCAGGUGCACCCUUGGAGAUGUACAGAAGCCUUAGCAAAGCCACUAUAGCAGUGAUUAUAAUGUUGAAGGUGUAUGAAAGCAGUUUCUGAACUGUCGUGUGGAAAGGGAGCCACUAAUUAUCAGGGUUCGUAAAAAGUACUAAUGUUUAACGUUUUUGAAAGCAUUUUAUGUGUCGACGUUAAGACCGCCACUGUCAAUUGUAAACGGCAGUUCAGUGUAUGUUUUGAGUGAUGUUGAAAGGCGGAUUUAAAAUUGUACUGGUAUCCGAAUUCACCCCUUGCAGUAGAUAUUCCAGAAACAAGGAUGCGGUUGGCGAUCGGGGCUUGAUCGGAACGUUCGCAAGGCACGGAUCCUAAGGGGAAAAGUGAUGCAACACGCUUUAUGCUGCCCCCACCCCCCAAAAAGGAGUCCCACACGCAGAGUGUGAUUUUCAGCCCAUCUGUUGUCUAAAACGUCGACAAUAGGCGUUACCUUCCCACCCCUUCCCAGCUGGCUCUGUUGAGCAAGCUCGCGCUGUGUGGUGGACACAAAUUCUGCAGUCCGCAGUUUUAUUCAGGGGAUUUCGUGCGCGUGGCCUGACGCUGUGAGAUAACGCCCGCCCCGCACCAUCGCCCCUUUCUUAAAGGCAGCGAGUUAAUGGCGGUGGAGCAUGAAUAAUGUUAGACCUGUUUCUCCGUGAUCCCGGGCCGUGCUCGCCUUCCUCACCGCUACAGACGGCCAUCCUGUUUGUUUUGUUGUUAUACAAAAUUUCUGUCAUAAUGGCGGCGUCGACUUGACAUUAAAAGUCGUUUGAUUUAGGACACGCUCCUCAGCUAAUCGAAUACAGAACUCUCAGGUCUGGUAAAGCUGGGAGUGCACUGUGUCACCUGCCAGAAAGUUGCUAUAAAGAUUGUCAACAGGGAGAAGCUCAGUGAGUCCGUCUUAAUGAAGGUGGAACGAGAGAUAGCCAUUCUGAAGCUGAUAGAGCACCCUCAUGUUUUAAAGUUGCACGAUGUCUAUGAAAAUAAAAAAUAUUUGUAUUUGGUUCUAGAACACGUGUCCGGUGGGGAGCUCUUCGACUACCUCGUAAAAAAGGGGCGGUUAACACCAAAGGAGGCUCGGAAGUUCUUUCGACAGAUAAUUUCAGCGUUGGAUUUCUGCCACAGUCACUCAAUAUGUCACAGAGACCUGAAGCCAGAGAAUCUGUUGUUAGAUGAGAAGAACAACAUCAGAAUAGCAGACUUCGGCAUGGCCUCUCUGCAGGUGGGAGACAGUCUACUGGAGACCAGCUGUGGAUCCCCACACUACGCCUGUCCAGAAGUCAUCCGAGGAGAGAAGUAUGACGGGCGGAAGGCAGAUGUGUGGAGUUGUGGAGUCAUCCUCUUUGCACUUUUAGUGGGGGCGCUGCCGUUCGAUGACGAUAACUUGCGAAACUUGCUGGAAAAGGUGAAGCUGGGGGUGUUCCACAUGCCGCACUUCAUCCCGCCCGAUUGCCAGAACCUUCUCCAGGGGAUGAUAGAGGUGGACGCCACUAAGCGACUUGCGUUAGAACAGAUCCAGAAACACAUGUGGUACAUAGGGGGCAAGAAUGAGCCGGAGCCAGAGCAGCCUUUCCCACGGAAGGUGGCGAUCCGCACCCUGCCCUCAGGCGAGGACAUCGACCCCGAUGUGCUGGAGAGCAUGCACUCGCUGGGCUGCUUCCGAGACAAGAACAAACUGAUGAAGGACCUGCUGUCGGAAGAUGACAAUCAGGAGAAGAUGAUCUACUUCCUCCUGCUGGACCGCAAAGAGAGGUAUCCCAGCCAUGAGGACCAGAAUCUCCCACCUCGAAAUGAAAUAGACCCCCCCAGGAAGCGAGUGGACUCUCCCAUGCUGACCAGGCACGGGAAGCGGAGGCCGGAGAGGAAGUCCAUGGAGGUUCUGAGCGUGACGGACGGGGGUUCUCCGGUUCUGGCGAGACGGGCCAUCGACAUGGCACAGCAUGGCCAGCGGUCUCGGUCCAUCAGCGGUGCCUCCUCUGGCCUCUCCACCAGCCCCCUCAGCAGCCCUCGGCCGGUCAGGCGGUUCUUCAUCCCCCCCCAGUCCCCUGACCUUUCAUGGUCCCCCAACUCCAGCCCCACACACUCCCCGGAACCCCGCCCCAAUAGGACUGGAGCGGUCACACCCACCCCCAACUCCUUUCAGCCAAAGACAGGGACCCUCCAAGCCAAUCCAAAGACACAGACACUCCCGGCAAAGCCCAAAGUCGCUGAGAAACCCCUCCAGUCCACCCGAUCCAACCCCCUGCCCAACACAGUUGCCAACCCUUCCCCUGCCAAGCUCCAGUCUUCCCCAGCUCACCAAAUGCAGAAGAACCCCCCUUCAGUGCCCAACAGCCCCCAGGUGCGCCGGCCGCCCCUGGCAGUGCCUCCCCAGCUCUCCUCCCCCUUCUCCCAGGUGGUUCCCCUUUCCCCCAUCCGGCUGAGCCGCUUCCACCCGGUAGCUGGCAGUGACCACAACACCAAAUCUAUCCCCAUCAUACAGGUGACUCCCCACCCCUCCCCUAGGGGGAGCCCUCUCCCCACCCCCAAAGGAACGCCGGUGCACACGCCCAAGGAAAGCCCUGCAGGCACGCCCAGCCCCACGCCGCCGCCCAGCCCCUCCAUCGGGGGCAUGCCCUGGAGGACACGUCUUAACUCCAUCAAGAACAGCUUUCUGGGGUCUCCGCGUUUCCACCGCAGGAAACUGCAAGUUCCCACACAAGAGGAGAUGUCCAGCCUCACCCCAGAGUCUUCCCCUGAACUUGCCAAAAAAUCCUGGUUUGGUAAUUUUAUCAACUUGGAGAAAGAGGAACAAAUCUUUGUGGUGAUCAAGGACAAGCCAUUGAGUUCAAUCAAAGCAGAUAUUGUGCACGCCUUUCUCUCAAUCCCCAGCCUCAGCCACAGUGUGAUCUCACAGACAAGUUUCCGGGCGGAGUACAAGUCCACUGCUGGGCCCACGGUGUUCCAGAAACCCGUCAAAUUCCAGGUGGACAUCACCUACACCGAGAGCACCGCCGCCCAGAAGGAGAAUGGAAUCUACUCUGUCACCUUCACGCUGCUUUCAGGCCCCAGCCGGCGCUUUAAGAGGGUGGUGGAGACGAUUCAGGCACAGUUGUUAAGCACACAUGAGCAGCCAGGUGUCCAGCAGCUUUCCGGCAGCCCGUUGAGUAACUUCUUUGACGUAAUUAAACAACUUUUUUCAGACGAGAAGCAUGGACAGGCAUUAUCCAGAAAACUUAUUAAGCCCCGCCUCCUGCUCCUUGUCCCCACCCACGCACUGCAAGAUGGACAUUUGUUGAUGGAGGGCACUUUUCGAGGCAGGUGGGUUGCCAAGGAAACUGACACCAGGAUGUCAUCCAGGAUGCAUAGCCCCUAAUCCCAACGCCUCCAAGAGUAUUACCUGAGCAAGAGCUCUGCCCCUACACACAGCCCUGCCCCCCACCUGCUCCCUGUUCCCCCUGCCUUCAUCUGCUGCAGCGGCCACCUGGAGGAACUGAAGAAAAGCCUUAAAAUGACAUCAUGCCAGUGUCCAUCAGGUGUGCAACACACACACACACACACACACACACACAUACACACAUACACACAUGCACACACACACACACACACACACACAUGCAUACAUACACACACACAUGCACACACACACACACAUAUACA